GAGACUCCACGUGACUAUGUGCUAAGAUGAGUUGAACACCACUACGGAUACCCGAAGAGGACCCUUACCUCUGCGCUAGACACUAAAGUGCUAAGCAUGACUUUUACUCGUUUGUCGGGGCCGAGGCGGCCAAAUUCUUUUUUGAGGCUUGGACCCUUGGGAGACAAGCAAACAAGCCACUGGUAGGCACGUUCUCACUCAACCCGCACUUGUUAUUUGACUUGGUAAAGGGCUGUCUCGAGUCACUUGUUCGGAUGGUCUCCACAACCGUUUUAAAACCAUAUGCUUAAUUCUCGGUUGUUCCCUCAUUUACUUUACAGGCAUUUGCAAUGCUAUUCCACAAUGUUGGCUCGCCAGACCCCUACGGCCCCAUUGUUGGUCAUCCUGGGCUCGACAGGAACCGGAAAGUCUGAGCUUGCUGUUGAUCUGGCAGUCCGCUUCAAUGGCGAAAUUAUCAACGCAGAUGCUAUGCAGAUGUACAGGGGUCUGCCCAUCAUCACCAAUAAGAUCUCAAUAGAAGAGCAGCGGUCUAUACCACACCAUCUUUUGGGCAACAUAAGUCUGGACCAAGAGACCUGGGUAGUAGGAGUUUUUAAGCGGGAAGCCAACCGUAUCAUCCAAGAGAUCCGCAGCAGAGGACGGGUCCCCAUUGUUGUCGGGGGCACGCAUUAUUACACAAAUGCCCUCCUGUUCAAAGACAGCCUGGUGGAGAAAGAAAAUGCUCCCCAGGAAACAGACAGUGUCCAGGACAACUCAGUGCAACAUCCGAUCCUGAAUGACACCACAGAAGCCAUGUGGAAAAGACUCAAAGAAGUCGAUCCCGUCAUGGCUGACAGGUGGCAUCCCAACGACAGGCGGAAGAUCCGCCGCUCCCUGGAGAUAUUCCUCACCACGGGGAGGCCGGCGUCAGAAAUCUACGCCGAGCAGCAGAUCAGGAAGAGGGCAGAGCCAGCACCGCAGCAGGACUUCUCCAAGCCCGACGCGUUGAUGUUCUGGGUGCACUCCGAGUCCCAAGUGCUAAAGGACCGGCUCGACAGGCGGGUCGACAAGAUGCUGGAGAGGGGUCUCAUGGACGAGGUCGCACAAGUCGACGACUACCUGCGGUCGAAAUUAAAAUCCGGAGAGCAGGUCGAUCUGAGCAGGGGGAUAUGGCAGUCGAUCGGCUUCAAGGAAUUUCAGCCCUACCUGCAAGCCGCAGAACGAGGCGCCGACGCCAGGGAACUCGACAAGUUGAGGCUCGAGUGCCUCGAGACCAUGAAGACCGCCACGAGGAGGUAUGCAAAGUACCAGACGAAGUGGAUAUCGAAGCAGAUGCUGCCACUGCUGGAAGAAGAAGGGGACCGGGACCGCCUUUACGUGCUUGACAGCACAGACGUCACGCGGUACUCGGAAAAUGUCCUCGACAAGGGCGCGUUCCUGACGCGGUUGUUCCUGGCCGGGGACGUGAUGCCGGAUCCACCCAGCGUGUCGGAUGCCGCCAAUAGUGUGUUGAACGCGGCCGUGGAAACUGCCUUGUCGUCACAGCGCACGGCCUGUCGGAAGCAUUGCUCAACUUGCGACGUUACCCUCCUGACUGAGGAGGGCUGGCAGAAACAUGUCAGGGGCAAGGCUCACCGUCGCAAAGCCCGGCAUGAGAAAAUGACUGCCCUGGUUCCAACACAAGACACCGAGGCCGGAGGUGUGGGGGAUGACACAAGACCUGCAGACUCGUCUCAACCUUGAUGGGUAUAAGGCUGUCGCCGUCAUAUAAUCCAGGGUCGAGGAUACUCGGACAUGGAGGGACAUGUCGAGGUUCCUUGCUCUUGUUCCAAUUUCCAGGCCACAGCCCUCCCCUUGGGGCACAGCGAUUUGACUGGGCCCUCGCUCCCUUUCAGGGUGGAAGCCCACAAGGUGCUGGGCUUCUCGCCGAGCAAUGUUAUAUCUAAGCUUGAGAUACCACCAGACGGGAGUGUUUUAGCGACAUGGCCCUCUACGUCUGACUUUCCGCGGACGCACAUACCGCAGAAAUGACGAAUUGUACAAAUCAAUCCACAGUAUUCGGUACGUGAUACGGAAUGAGGAUAUUUUGGGAGACUUGUUGUCGUACCAGCUAUACAACCACAUGCAUUAUUAUCGCAACCACUACACCUUCAAG